CAGAAAGUGAAGACAAAAUGGCAAAAGUGUUAUCUAAUGUUUACAUUCUUCUUCAGCGAGACUCUGAGGGAAGGAGACAUCACCAAUGUUUUCCUUUCACAGCCAAUUAUCUACUUUCUCUCACCAAAACAUUCUAGCCUGCUUCAAACUAGCACAAGAAUGAAAAGCUGGAUUAUACUGCUGGCUAUUGUAAUCAGCAGAGCAGAAACACAAAAGCAGGACGUCUGCACCCAAGGGUAUCCUGGCAUCCCUGGCAAUCCUGGGCACAAUGGCGUACCUGGUCGUGAUGGACGCGACGGUUCAAAGGGCGAGAAGGGAGACACAGGUGAAACAGGACUUCCUGGCAGUCCAGGAAAAGAUGGUGCAAAUGGAGAAAAAGGUGAACAAGGUGCCAAUGGGACCGUUGAAGAAAAGGGGAACAAAGGAGAUAAAGGAGAAAGAGGACGACCUGGGAAACUGGGACCAAAAGGAGUUAUAGGGUCAGUGGGUUACAAAGGUCAGAAAGGAGAGCUGGGACUGCAAGGACAAAAGGGGUUAAAAGGAGAUAUUGGGCCGAUAGGGCCAAAAGGGACAAAGGGUGAAAUUGGCCAUCCUGGAAGAGUUGGCUUCCCAGGGCCAAUUGGCCCACCUGGUAAUCCAGGUCCUAAAGGUAAUACUGGAGAACUUGGACCACAGGGUAAUCCAGGAAUUCAAGGGGAGAGAGGCUUCAAAGGAGACAGAGGAGAUAAGGGGAACGUAGGUGCCCCCGGGGUCCUGCCAAGGAGUGCUUUCAGUGUUGGCCUUACAGUCUCCACCAAAUUUCCCACCCCAAAUCGGCCAAUUAAGUUUGACAAAGUGCUGUAUAACAGUCUAAAUGACUACAACUCAGCUACUGGCAAAUUCACUUGCAAAUACUCUGGAGUUUACUAUUUCACCUAUCACAUCACAGUCUACUCAAGGAAUGUCCGAGUAGCUCUAGUUAAAAAUGGCAUCAAGAUGCUGCACACAGUAGACAGGUACCAGAGUGGAGAGGACCAGGCCUCAGGAGCUACCAUCCUUGAGCUACAGAGAGGAGAUGAGGUGUGGCUGCAGGCUCACCAAGGAGAGACUUUCAAUGGUCUGUUUGCAGAUGCCGAUGAUGAUACCACCUUCUCUGGGUUCCUCCUGUUCAGCACCUCCGACCCACUGGAGCUGCUGCCAACACCCAGCAUGUAACUUCACAUUACCUGUGAAUGCUGCAUGUCUCUGUCCCCCAUGCCUCCCUAAUAAAGUUUCUAUCUGCUGGCCAAUUUCUGCUGCUUUCAAGAGAUAGCAGAAACCAUCCAGGCAAGUACACUGACAGCUGAAAGGGAGACUGCAGGGCAGACUGGGACCAGAUAGAGGUUGGGAUGGGUUGUGGCUUUUUAUGUGGUUUGGUUUUGUUUUGUUUUGGUGAAGUCAUCACAGUGGGAAGGUGUAGGAUCACACCACCUGUACCUGCAGGAAACCAGGCCUAAUUAUGCACACAACUGCUCACUGCACAACUUACUGUACUGUGUUUUCACAAGCGGCUGCCGAAACAGGACUCAAGGCUUCAUGCUCAGAAGAGUUUGAGUUAAAUGCCUUCUUGUCACAGUCACACCAGGUGUUUAUUUAUUAAACUGUCCUGACCUAAA